GGGACAGGUUGUUGUGCCUUGGCUUGACUGGCCUUCCUCGGCAUCCUCCACCACCACCACCUUACCCCACACGCCGCCUCCGCCACGAUGGCCCCGCUGCACAACAUCCAGCAGCAGAUCUACGACGAGCGCGCAGGCAAGCGCUACCUCGUGCUCUCAAGCUACGGCGACGCGUGGGACGUGGUGGUCUUCGCCGCGAGUCCGAGUCCGGACAAGCCGCCGUCCGCGUGGGCGGGCAUCGGGGAUGCGACGGGGCGCGAGAGCGAGAUCGCGGACGCUAUCAGCGCGGGGAUGCUGCAUGCCGAGUCGCGCCCGAACGGGGGGCUCAAGGUGGGUGUUGAACAAGCGUUUGAGCUCACCCACCAGCUCUUCGUCCACGUCCCCAAGCCCGCUGUGAUCGUCUACCUUGACGCCGAGGACGUGGGGAAGCAUACCACCGCGCUGCUAGACGGCGCGCUCAACCUCGUGUCCCGCCCCGCCGCAUCAGGAGACGGCCAACUCCGCGCGCUGCAAGUCCAGCUCGAGGACAAGGAUGCCGAGAUCGCUGCGCUGCAAGCCAAGCUGCUCAACCUCAAGGCCACGGCCGCACGGCAGGGCGACGGAGGCCGCUUCGCCACUGGCAGUAAAGGAAGCCCGACGAAGAAGGCCCCACCACCGAAGAACGCGAGCAUGCUCCAGCCCAACCAGAAGCGGCGUAAGCUCGUGCAGGACCACUUUGCGAGCUCGAGCGACGACGAUGACGACGACGAUGAGGAUGAUGAGGACGAGGAUGACGAGUAA